AUGACCUCGACACCCCACGGGAACCUGCCCACGGCUGGAGGCCAUGUCCUUCGGCGAGACGAGAUGCAGCCUCCACCCUCAACUUUGGCUGCACAGCUCGUUGAGAACAUUUCGACCUCGACGUCAACGAAAUCGACGAAAUCUAGCGAAAAUGGGGAGCUCAAGAAGCUCUUUACUACCAUCGAGCACAUCAAGAACAACCCCGAUCUCCUACAGACUCCCGAAGACCGAAUCGCCCACAACCACAUGCUGAUUUAUGUCUACUUCCGCGCCGUCCUCGAUGCCCUGCGGCCUGAUGAUCCGUUUCUCGACAAGGAGCGUAUGCGCAGCGAGGCUUCCAAAGCUGUCCAUUUCUUCAGGCUUGCCGUGAUCGAGACCCCUCAGGUUCUGAUAUGCUCGGCCGAUGAAGGACAAUUCUUAUUCAGGGGAAGUGAGCCGCUGUGGACAUGGGCUUUUCCAAAGAUCUUUCGUCUGCUAGGCCACCCGCAAUAUCUAGAGCUUUCGGAACCAGUAGAGACUCUUUUCCAUUCCAUAUUCAAGGUGGUCUCCACCACGGGGCAGCUGGUAUCGGUGAUCCCCCCUCUCAUGCUCUAUUUAAGGGAAUUAGUUAAAGAUAUUCUUGACGCCCUUGAGAACAGUCCCACCGACCGCAGCGGGUCUCGAAGCCCCGCCGUAAAGCUCGAUCUCCCGUCUAAUCGAGUCUUCAAAUGUAUCGACCCCGAUGCUGCUGAUCCCACCUCCGAAUCUACAUCCCUAAGGCGUCGUGUUACGUACAAACUCACCAACCCCUCUCAAUGUCUACGGCAAGCAUUGAUCCUGCUUUCUAUACUCUCUGGGCCCCUUACCCGUGAGAAUCCUGUGGCUGGGCUCUCCGAACACGGACCUUGGCUGCUUGACUCUCUUCAUGCUCUCUGCAAUGCCCAAAUCCAGCGGGAUCCUGCAAUAGAAGUGACUAUUGUCCCCGAACUAAGGCCUGGAUCCGAUUUUGCAAGGGCUAGUGCUUUACUUCGGGAGGCGUCCGCCAUGCAAAUACCCCGGGCGUUUGACAAAAAUGCGCGUCCUCAGUUCUUCGAGGAUGAAGAUCUGCGCCGCCGAGUAGAAUCACUUCAUCUUAACUACAAGACGACUGAUGAGGAAGUCAACCAACCGGAUCGGAAGCGACGCAAGAUUGCAAGUGUAGACACAAGUUUGGCGAUACUCUCCGAGCAGAUUUUUCAGAUAAUAAACCCAGAUGCCGUGGAUGGAGGAUUCGAGCAAAUUAUAGUGGACGGGUUCUCCAAUAUGGACGACGACAGAAAGUGCCUUGUUAUGGAGCUUCUCGGCCGUGCCCCAUGUGCAGCAGAUGGCACACUCUCCUUCGCAGAGCCCGGUUCCAAUGCGCAACCCAGGAUGUCGUGUUCGUUUUGUUCGGGCCAAAAGGCGAGUGCAAGCCUUCCGCCAGACUGCGUCAACCCAAGGGCAAAGAGUGAGGCUUAUUCUGCCUUUGCGAAGCUUGUUGAUCUCCCAGCUUUUCAGCAAUGUAGGAGACCUCGAGUGGUGGCCAUGAUGGCACUCCGUCGGUUUGUCCUACACUCGGUUGAGCCCGAGUUUCUUAAUAUACAGGGCUCUCCAUUAGCAUCUUGGUGUGUCCGCUCGCUAAAGAGCUCUAUUCGAGAACUUCGCAUCGCAGCCGGAGACCUUGAGUCGGCCCUCGUCGAGAGCAAGGUAACUCGAGAAGCGUCGAACCACAUCACGAGCACGACAUUGCAGAAUCUGUCAAGUUUGAUGCCCUUUUUGAGGUCUAUCUCGGAUAGCUCCCCACCUCAUUACCAAGAAACGUGCAUCAUGGCUUGGGGUCAGCUUGGCCGGGUAGCGCCUGAUCAAGAGCUCAAUCUGAUUCUGUUGAAGUUGGUUGAAUAUCUGGGAUAUGAAAACGAUGUGAUCACCUCCUUGGCCUUCCAAGAGUUAUCAAACAUUGCGGCGGCGCGAAACCUGUCUCCCCUCAAGCUUUUCGAGCCAUUCUGGAGAGGCUUGGCGCAUUUCGUCAUCAAAGACGUGAUAACAAAACCCCAAACCAGCAUUUUGACGGCCGACCUUCUUGGCGUCAGCGUUAGCGAGCUUCUCCUACUUGUUCACCGUCAUGCGCUUCCCUGGCUUGUUCUACAAGGCAAGCGGGAUGUCAUUGAGCGGAUAGCUAAGGCUAAAAGGAACGAUGAAAUUCACUUACCCAUUGUCGAGAGCGGGAAUCUGGGCCCAGUAUUAGCCCUCCUUUUCAUUCAGCCUGUGGAGAACGUCGCUGCCUUUGCCAUGGCCAAGUUGACUGAAAUUACGCCUUAUUUCGAGACAACAUUUGAGAUUCCGCAGCUUGUCCGCAGCGAAUUAGUGCCAAUUGCGUUGGAACUUUUCAAGUUGGCCGCGGAAGGAAAUGAUGCGAGGAAGCUGGCCGCACGAAACGCUCUUACACAGAUUGCUGCCAUAGUUGGUAUUUCUGGAGAAUCCAGGACCAGGAAGGGAAAUGUUGUCGGUCGAUUCCUCCAACCGCAGGUUCUGGGCUUGAUGACGAGGUUAACAGACGUCAUCAAUAUCGCGGCCUUUGGGCGCCCGCCCACCUUAGAGCAACGCCUCUGUCUUCAAGCGAUGGAAGAAAUGAUACGUACCUGUAAAGCCCAUGUCCGCGUAGCUCGCCCGCAGAUCUCGGCCUGUCUCCUUGCAGCAAUCGCCAUUCACGGUCUAAGGCAAAGUGCGUUUUCUUGCUGGGCUACGAUGCUUCACAACCUCGAAGAAGAGGACGUGGAUGUAUUACUAGAAACAACAUUUUUCAUCAUCAUUCACUACUGGCCUGUGUCAAACGAGUCGACGCGGCAGCGUAUGCAGGAACUUGUUCGAACUCUCUUAGACAAGCAUCUUCCAGUUCUCGAAGCGGAGAUCAAUCGCAUUCCAUCGCUGGAAAGAGUUCUAGAUCUCAAGCCACUUGAGGCUAGUCUACGGGCUCUCCGGGUUCCCCUUGAUCAGCGGGCUGCUUUCAACAUCUUUGCUGAGCGUAUCGCGCACGAGUAUUCUGGUGUUGUUAUGUUGGCUCUUGAGGAGUUGGUGGCAUACCUAAAACUGAACCAGGACUACAUUCAAACUACAGCGAUCAGCGAGAACCCUGAUCCGGUAGUGGCAGUAUUGUUACGGUCCCUCCUCGACUGCGCCUCACGGUAUAAUGGAGUCAACCUUGAUAUCGCCAGGUUAUGUACCGAAUGCAUGGGCCUGAUCGGCUGUAUCGACUCGAAUCGUGUCGAAGCUCCACGUGAACAAAAGUCCAUUGUUGUGCUUGACAAUUUUGAGAACGAUGAUGAUCGUCGUCACUUCGGAUUCUACGUCCUCACUGAGGUUCUUGUCAAAUCAUUCUUAUCAGCUACUGAUCCAAGGCGGCAGGGCUUCUUGUCCUUUGCGAUCCAGGAACUACUGGAAAGAUGUGAUAUCAAACAAGCGGUGCUAAAUCAGGAUCUAGGGUCUAGAGGUGGCAGUGCUGACAUUUACAGGAAGUGGAAAGAAUUGCCCAUAUCUGUCCAGGAAGUCCUCUCGCCCUUCUUAAACUCCAGAUACUUACUAGGACCGAUGGCCCCGGUCGUCGCCAAGUAUCCCAUCUUCUGUCCAGGAAAGCCAUAUACGACGUGGCUAGUAUCAUUUGUUAUGGAUCUUCUUCGCAAUCCCCAAAACGCUAAUGCAUCUCUUGUCUUCGAACCGCUGUCGCGAGUAACGAGACUACGAGACCCUUCGGAACCAGAGUUCCUACUCCCAUAUGUCGUGUCUCAUAUCAUCAUCAGCAACGAUACACCCAAGGAACUACGUGAAAAUGUCAUCAAUGAGCUUACGGCAAUUCUUAAUUAUGAAUUGCCGGCCACAGCAACCCCAGAUGAGCGGCAGGAGAUGAAGUUAUUCUAUGAGGCUCUCUUCCGCAUCCUUGAUUAUCUUAGAAGAUGGGUUCAUGCACGGCAAGCGAGGACCAAGAAUGCACCGAACGAUGACCCUGCAAUCAGUCGGGUCCGCGAGUUCCUAGAUCGAACCCCAUCUCAGACCAUUGCUCAACGAGCCUUGGACUGUGAGCAGUACUCUCGAGCCCUGUUCUAUCUCGAGUACCACAUGCAGGAGGGCAAGCUCCAGGGUGAUGAUCACUCGAAGAUGAUGAAGCGACUGCAAGACAUUUACGCACAUAUUGAUGAGCCUGAUGGUCUUGAGGGCCUCUCGGCACGAUUGCAAAUCUUGGACAUUGACCAGCAGGUCCUCGGCCAUCGCAAGGCUGGCAGAUGGACUGCUGCGCAAACUUGGUACGAGAUACGCUUGGCGGCCGAACCAGAUAACUCCGAUGUCCAACAUGAUCUUCUCACCUGUUUAAAGCAGACGGGACAACAUGAUGUCCUGUUGAACUACGUAGAAGGCAUGCACUUACAGCCAGGUACUCAGACCAACAUUAUACCGUUUGCUGUCGAGGCUGCCUGGGCGACCAACCGAUGGGAGUCGUUGUCAAAAUAUCUAGAUCUAGCCAAAUCGUCGGACGCGUCGUAUGCAGACUUCGACGUAGCGAUUGGCGAAGUAUUCCGCGAUUUCCAACUUGGUCGAAAGACCAAUUUGAUCCCAGCUAUCAACAGCAUCAGAGAGCGCAUUGCCGCUUCGAUGGGCAUCACGGAGACGGCUUCUUUACAGGCUUGCCACGAUAUCAUGCUGAGGUGCCACAUCUUGACGGACCUUGAGCUGCUUUUGUCGGCACAAGCUAGUGAAGAAGACGUCGACAACCGGCCUACGCUCAAUGCUCUUAAACGUCGGUUGGAUGUUUUGGGUGCCUAUGUUGAAGAUAAACAGUAUCUUCUAAGUAUCCAGAGGACAGCGAUGGAGCUGCAGAGACCAAUCUAUUCGGACCUCGACAUAUCAAGCCUCUGGAUGUCGAGCGCACGUCUUGCCAGAAAGAGCAACUCCACGCAUCAAUCCUAUAACGCUGUUCUCCAUGCUUCAAGACUUGGCGAUCGCUCUUCGGCAAUCGAAAAUGCGAAACUGCUCUGGAAAGACGGACAUCAUCGCAAAGCCAUCCAAACUCUCGAUGGUGUAAUGGCGAAUAAUGAGCUAGUGACACAAGAGGAACUGGCGAGCAUUCCAUCUUCUAAGUUUGCUGAUUGCCCACAUAGACUACUCAAGGCGAGGGGAGAGUUGCUUCUGGCGAAGUGGCUAGACAGCACCGGAGCCCAUCACUCGGCCACGAUUAGAGAAAAGUAUCAGGAACCGCCUAAGACCCAUACGGCCUGGGAAAAGGGUCACUAUUACCUUGGGAAACACUACAAGAAGCUGCUCGAGUGGCAGAAGACUCUGGAUCCGGACGAUCAAAGCGAUGUAUAUCUCACGGGCGAGCUUGCUCGGGCGUUGAUCGAAAAUUAUUUCCGUGCGCUCAAUUUUGGAACAAAGUAUUUGUACCAGACCUUGCCUAGGAUCCUGACUCUAUGGCUAGAACUCGCAGCACAGCUUGAUAAAGCUCCCGAGGGCAAGCAUUCUGUCUCCCGGGAACUCUAUCGAAGACGCACGGAACAACUUAACAAGCUCCAUUCCAGCCUAGAUAAGUGGAUCUCUAGACUGCCUGCCUACCUGUUUUACACAGCCCUACCCCAAAUCGUUGCUCGGAUAGCGCAUCCGAACAAGGACGCGUUUUCGAAGCUAGCGGACAUAAUCGUCAAGGUCGUCGACGCGCAUCCCCGACAGGCCCUUUGGAGCCUAUUUGGUGUGAUGACCACGAAGCAAAAGUCUGAGCGACAGGCUCGAGGGCAAGAAAUCAUACGCCGGCUGAAGACAAAUGCGACCAAGGUCGGUGGCACUAAAUUCGCGGUGAGAGAUAUCAUCCGGAAGGGCGAGAGGCUAGCCGAACAGCUGCUCUUGGCGUGUCAUAAUGGCGACUUCCAGAGCAACCGAACAGUAAAGGCUAGCAUUGUGAGAGACUUGUGCUUCAACCACGGAUGUACGCCCUGCCCGUUGGUGGUGCCUAUCGAGGCUUGCUUGACAGCGACGUUACCUACUGUCACAGACCACCAGAGGAAGCAUGAGGCGUUCUCGCGUGAUGUCGUAACGAUCGACUCGUUCCUAGACGAGGUGCUCGUCCUUGGCUCUCUCGCCAAGCCAAGACGUCUCACAGCACGCGGAUCGGAUGGCAACCUCUAUCCACUGCUCAUAAAGCCCAAGGACGAUCUACGAACGGAUCAGCGCCUGAUGGAAUUCAACUCGAUGAUCAACAGAGCGCUCAAGCGCGACGCAGAGUCGAGUAAGCGGCAACUAUACGUGCGAACAUACGCAGUGACGCCACUCAAUGAAGAAUGUGGUAUUAUCGAGUGGGUUGACGGACUCAAGACACUCAGGGACGCGCUCCUCGCGCUGUAUGCGGCGCGCAACAUUUCUCCCGAUUACAGCGUCAUCCGAAACAUGAUGCGCGAGGCGGCGUCUUCUGCUAAGAACAUUCACAUCUUCACUGAGGGGGUGCUCGGCAUGUUCCCACCCGUGCUGCACCUGUGGUUUGUCAAUCAAUUCCCGGACCCGUCGGCUUGGUUCUCGGCGCGCAUCAGGUACACGCGGUCUUGCGCCGUCAUGUCGAUGCUCGGGACGAUUCUGGGCCUGGGUGACCGUCACGGAGAGAACGUCCUGCUCGAAGAAGGGAACGGAGGAGUUUUCCACGUCGAUUUCAACUGCCUCUUUGACAAGGGGACGACUUUUGCGCAGCCCGAACGCGUGCCGUUCCGCCUGACGCACAACAUGGUGGCUGCGAUGGGGAUCUAUGGCUACGAAGGGCCGUUUAGACAGUGUUCGGAGCUGACGCUCUCGAUCCUGCGGCAACAUGAGGAGACGCUCAUGACCAUUCUCGAGGCUUUCAUCUACGAUCCGACCCUUGAUCUCCAGAAAGAGAAGAAGCCGGCCAGGAGAGCGGAUGGCGGCGUCAAGUUUUACCCGCAAGGCGUGGUGGACAGCAUCAAGAGGAAAGUGAGGGGUCUGAUGCGGGAUCAGAGCAUCCCGCUUGGAGUUGAGGGACAAGUGGAGGAGUUGAUUAAACAGGCGACUGAUCCGAAGAAUUUGGCGGCGAUGUAUAUUGGAUGGUGCCCUUUCUUGUAA